AUGUGUCUAUUCACGGGCGGGACAGCAAGCUACAGGGAUGGCAACAGCAACAAGACAGCGCCCGGCAACGAAUGCACGGCUGGCGACAGAUAUACUGUACCCGCGGGUGGUCAGUCGGCAACCUUGUUGCUUUCCAGCAAGCAAACUGUUGCAAAAGCACUGAUCCUGGUUGACAGGCCGGUCGCGAUAGUGCCCUCCAAUAUUGACCCCUCGCUUUCGUGGAACUUGGCAAACUGCCAUAGUGUUGAGCUCUGGCCUGUCGUCGAGGGCAUUGCGCUGACAAAUGCAUUUGGUGUGGAACUAGGGGUCACGGAGCAGGAGUAUGGUGGAAUCUUCCCCCAUGUUAGCUGUGCAAAUCAUUGUUGCGGACUGAAUACUGCUAUAAAAUGGGACCCUGCAACAUUCUCAGUGUCGAUGUACUCUCUCCGUGAUGUCCAAGCCGGAGAGGAAAUCCACAACCAGUAUAUUGAUGUUCUCGCCCUCGCGCCAAACGACGGGCCCAGCUCGCCCAAUACGACUUUCGAUGCCGCCAGGGCUGAGCUGCGCGACUGGCGCAACACACACACACAAGAUUCGAGCCUUGGGCAGAGGGAUAUGUGUCGUUCGGAUGACGUCGUUAUCGAGUCGAGUCUGCGGGCGCUGGAGCUCGUCAGACAAGAGGGCUUAUGGGGAAUGCAGGUUCCGUUUAUGGAGGACCUCGCAUUGAGCUACGCGGUCCUUGGUGAUGAAGAGCGGUUCAGGGUGUGGGCGGAGAAGGUUGUAGAGCUAUGCUGUGGUCAGGAUCCGAAACGGGCACACAAGUUUGCACAGUGGCUCGCGGACCCCGUCGUAUAG